AUGGUCGCCAAAGAACUGCCUUCCGGCUGCGGCGUCUGUGGUCAGGAGGAAGGUCUACUCAUAUGCUCUGGCUGCAAGGUGUUGUCUUACUGCGGCCGCGAUCACCAAGUUGCUGAUCGCCCAGCCCAUAAAUCUGCUUGCAGCGCCAUCAGAAGAGCACGCGUCAAGAUGGAGGAAGAGGAGCAGAUCCUGCGAAAUCACCCCGGAGAUUUUAUGAUGCCUGCAGACCCCUUUACUAACAGUGCCGGGAAUUUCUGGAGCGUGCUCGGAACCCGCGACUAUAUGCGAGCGCGGUUUGCACUGGUCGAAGCCAUGACCCAGGUUGACAAUGCCCAAUCCGUCAAAGCGCAGCUGGACCAUUUUAUGGACAUGCUACGUUUGUGCCGCAGUGAUAACAUGGGCGUGCGAGACCUUGUGCCUGGGCUCAUGCUACGUCUCAACAAGGACCAGGAAUGCUACGACUUCAUCAAGUGGUGGGAAGUCGUUAGUGACAAUCCACGGUACGACUGGGGAAACACUGAUCUUCCAUACCUCGAUAUCAAAAACGCCGACAUUUUCGAGCCUGUGGAGCGGUUCUGUGGUCAGUUCCCUGAUCUCAGUCACUUGUCUUGCCUGUGCCUCUUGAAGAUCAAGCUCCUCUUGGAGGUUAUGAGACUAGGGCAGUCGACUGCGAGCCUGGGCCCAGUUGUUCCUCGCGAGAUCCUCGAUUUGAUUCAGUCAUCCAUUCCUCAGAUCCCUGCCGUGUGUGUAUCCCACGACAUCAUGUCCGGUGAUAGCGAUGUCCGCGAGACCAUGGUUGAUAAGUUGAAGGCGCAGAUCGAUGCUGUAUUCAAUGCAGUCGAGGAGGCUAAUGAGCAUUUCUGGCCCUCUCUUAUCGAUCCUGACCUUGAUUUGACUGAAAUUCCCGAGUCCUACUCAGCUGGUACCGUGGAAGAAAUGAUCUUAGUCCUGCGUUACAACUACGACGCCUGGACUGAGACGCCCGGGGCUAUUGACUUCAUCAAGGCAGAGGUUGAUGGUGACAUUUGA